ACAGCACUUCAGGAACAUCAAAUUUCCUUUUGUCCCUCGAAAACUUGAUCAAAAUCUGUUCACAAAGACUUGAUAUGUUUUUCGUUUCUUCUCGCAUUCAAGGAAAUAGCGAAGAUAGUAACACAGUGGCUGCUCUUCAAUCUUCUCCUUCCCGCCAGGACGACGGCUUUCGAAGUUUUCUUCCAACCCCCGGCAGCCGCUGGCGAAGUGCAGGUAACCCUAGCUUCUUAGGUCUCCGGUCUCGCCCUUUUCCUUCACUCCCGCUCUUUACCCAGUUCUCCGAACCACCUGAAACUGUAGCGUCCCAAAUAUUGGGGGAACUUUUGAUGGGUAAGAUUAUUGAUGAGUCAGAGGUGGAGUUUUAUCCCGAUGCUUCUGUACAAUGGUCUGCUUCAUCAAAGCGCAGAAGUAGCUCUAGGCUUAGGGAUAUCCCCGAGCAGAAGCGGCCAUUUUAUGGGGACAAACUAGUGAGCGGAUCUCGUGAAGAAGUGGACGGAGAACAGAGACUUAAUGUAACACCCAAUGCUGAUAAAGACGCAGAAGAUAUGGAUGUGCCGGACAUUGUUGAUCUGGAAGACAGUUGUAGCUUCAAAAUGGUUGACUAUGAUAGCUUUGUUACUGAUAGUCUCAAACAAACUAUGAAAAAAUCCAAUGGGGAUUAUCUUGAUUUUGUUCAGAAGCAGACAAAGCCUAGCAAAGGAUCAGAUGUGAAGGCGACUAACGAGAUAUUGAACAAAAAGGAAAAUGUGAAUUCCAAUAUGAAACUUGGCCUUCUCCCUGGCAUUGUUGCCGGGCAUAGAUUCUUCUCCCGAGCUGAAAUGGUGGCCAUAGGUUUUCAGCAACAUUGGUUGAGUGGAAUUGAUUACUUAAGAAAGCAUUCUAAAAGAUUGAUGCAAAAUGAUCAUAUUCCUCAUUUGGCGGUGGCAGUUGUGCUAGCUCACCCCUCUAAAGGUGACAUUGACUGUAUAAAUGAAGUAGUCUUUACUCACCCAAGUGGGAAUAAAUUGCCUUCUAAUAGGCAUAGAGUGGAAAAUCAAGCCAUGCCGGAUGCUAGUUUGGCUCUCAAGAACAACAUGGAGCAAUGCAUACCUGUAAGAUUCAUUUAUGCAAAUAAAUGUUCUGAUACGAAUGGUUCAAAUGAGUAUACAUACUGUGGAUUGUACAAGGUUUUGAAGUGUUGGUCCGUUGAAGGUAAAAAUGGACAACCUGUCUUCACAUACCGUCUGAAGAAACUUUUAGGACAACCAAAGGUUACUAUAGAAAGAGAAAGGCAGUCCACGUUUCCUACAAAAUUGACAGGCUUGGUGUGUGAAGACAUAUCCUAUGGUGAAGAAGCAGUAAAAAUUCCUGUUACAAAUACAGUCGAUUCAUGUCCUAUUGGACCUCCAGAUUUCAAGUAUACCAAGUCAAUUCAAGUUGCAACUGACGUAGUCAUUCCCCCAUCUGCCCCUGGAUGCAAUUGCAAAGGAAAUUGUACAAAUCCAAAGACUUGUUCUUGCGCACAGCUAAAUGGUUCUGAUUUGCCAUACUCAGAGCUCGAUGGUGGCAGAUUGAUUAAAGCAAAAGACGUAGUAUAUGAAUGCGGCCCUGGAUGCAGUUGUGGAUCCAAAUGCAUAAAUCGUGUAUCUCAGCAUGGAUUAAAGUUCCAACUUGAGGUUUACCGCACAAAGGUAAAAGGAUGGGCUGUUAGGUCCUGGGAUUUGAUCCCUGCUGGUGCUCCGGUGUGUGAAUACACCGGACUUCUCCGAAGGAAUGCAGAAAUGGAUAGUGUUCAUGAUAAUGAUUACAUUUUUGACAUAGACUGCUUGCACACCAUGCAUGGGAUUGACGGAAGAGAGAAGCGAGAAGGUGAUGUACCUGUAACGAGUGGAACACCAGAACAAGUUGAUGCGACACUGCGAGAAAGCGACACUGAGUUUUGCAUAGAUGCAGGUUCUUCUGGCAAUGUUACUAGAUUCAUUAAUCACAGCUGCGAGCCCAACCUGUUUGUUCAGUGCAUCUUGAGCUCGCACCAUGAUCUCAGACUGGCUCGGAUAGUGUUGUUUGCUGCAGACGAUAUUGACCCGAUGACGGAACUUACAUAUGACUACGCUUACCGACUUGGCAGCGUUACUGAUGAAGAUGGCAAGGUAAAAGAGCUGGAGUGCCAUUGUGGUACAAGCGAAUGUCGGGGGCGUUUAUACUGAUGAGGGAUCAGAGCACUGUUUUUUUAAUCUGUCUAUUCACCAUUCAGUCAGGUAGGAUAUGGCCGUUCGUAGGAUAGAAGUAGUAACAGUCUGUAAAUGAUUUUGCGCUGUAAGGACUUGUACCCUUUCAAUAUUCUUCCAUUAAUCCUCGAAGAACAAAGUGUAUAAUAGUGAUUGCAGCAGCAGCAGCAGCUGGUUCUUCCUUUUCCAAUAAUAGAAUGCAAGGCUUUGA